AUCUAUACAAGAUUGAAUAACGCAGGUUCUCUUAAAAUGUCAAUCAAAGCAUGGGCGACCUCCAUUCAUUUCUCCUAACAUUUCUGUGCGAAUUAAAACCAUUCCUUCGUGCCCACCAUUUUCCUAGUUUGAACCGUUACCCAUCAGUCUAUAAGCAGCACAAUUUAGUACUAUCAAUUAAAUAGCUGAAUUAUUUUUCAGAAAUGUGUGUUUAAUGGAAGUACCGGCCGUCGGCUGGUCUUCCUGGCUUCACCUCCUAUUUUUGUUACCUCCCCUGCUUCUCUUCCGCCCGUUUCAUGGACUAAUUAAGCCCAACUGUGAACUGUCCGUUUCUUCCUACAAAACCGCACCACCUCUAGGUCGCCACGACCAAGAACACACAUCCAUCCGCUUGCCAUUGCCGAUCGAGCACCGAGAGCUCAGGAUCGCUGGUCGCAAGCCGCCAUUUGAUCGAGUCGCGCGUGCAUGUGCGUGUGCAUGUAGGCAAGAUUACGGCCAGCAGCUAGGUGCGCGUCGGCGUCGUGCCAUUCUGUGCCGGCGAUGGGGUGCACCAACUCCACGGAGGCGCGGCGGGAAAUGGUCUUGGCCGACGCCGGCCGGCGCGCGACACGGAGCUUCUCGCUGCCCACCGUCGAUCGGCAGCGGCUACGGUGGAAGGCCGUGUCGAUGCUGAGCUCGCUCGGCAUCUCCCAGGGCCGGCGCUCCGGCGCGUUCAAGUACGCGACCACGUCGGUGGAGGGGAUGAUGAAGAGCGAGAAUGACCACACCGGGCAGGCGUUGCUCCAUGUCCAGGAGGCGGCGGCGAAGCGGGCUGUGAUCAAGCCCUGCACACCGACGCUGACUCCGCCCAACGAGCCAGAGGUGAUCAAUGCGUGGGAGCUCAUGGCCGGGCUCGAGGACGAUCCGCCGACGCCGCCGUGCGCGUCGCAUGAACCACCGGCGGUGACGCCGCAGUGGAUGCAGGCUGAUACGGACAUCCCCAUCGUCGCCUUGGACUUCGAUCCGGAGAUACUGUCCGGCUUCCGGGAGGCUCUUGCGGACACGUCGCCGUCGGAGCCAACGUCUUGCUCGGUGACGGAGGAAGAAGAACAACCGGCGCAACCGGAGAAGCACGCCGACGCCUGCGACGCGCCAACCUCGCUGGCCACCGGCGACAUGCCGGAGAAGCGCGCCGAUGCCUGCGACGCGCCAGUAUCGCUGGCCACCGGUGACAUGCCGGAGAAGCGCGCCGACGCCUGCGACAAGACAAUCUCGCUGGCCACCGGCGACAUGCCGGAGCUCUCAGGCAUUGUCCGCGCCCGCAUCAACGCGUUCCAAGAAAAGAUAGAGCGGAGGUCGAGCAAGGGCGCCCGCGACGCGAAGGUGGCGCACCUGCGGCCGCCGGGAGGCGACAAGAAGGCGGUCGUCUACUUCACCAGCCUCCGCGGCGUCCGCAAGACGUUCGUCGACUGCUGCUCCGUGCGCAGCAUCCUGCGCAGCUACGGCGUGCGCCUGGACGAGCGCGACGUGUCCAUGCACGCCGUCUUCAGGGCCGAGCUCGCGGAGCUCCUCGGCCCCGGCGGCUUCGCGUGCGCCGCGCUCCCGCGGGUGUUCGUCGACGGGCGCUACCUCGGCGGCGCCGAGGACGUCCACGCGCUGCACGAGGCGGCCGAGCUCGCGCGCAUGCUGGAAGGGUGCGAGGCCGCGCCGGUGCGCAAGCUCGGGUACAUGGAGGCGUGCGCCGCAUGCGGCGACGUCCGGUUCGUCCCGUGCGAGACGUGCUACGGCAGCUGCAAGAUAUUCGUCGACGACGAUGUCGACGCCGGCGAGUUCCGGCGAUGCCCCGAUUGCAACGAGAAUGGCCUUAUCAGAUGCCCUGUCUGCUGCUGCUGAUGCUUCUUGUACCGUAGAUUAAAAUCGGCCAUGUGUUUAGUCGUUUGUACUUUGUACAGUGUGAGGAGCAUUGAUAUUCAGAGGAAAUCUAUACAGAUUCAAGAGGAUUUUGCUUAGAUCCUAUUAUUUCUUUUUCUUUUUGCCCCUCAUAUAGAUUGAAGAGAGGGGGCUCAACCUGUAAAAGGCCUCAUCUGGAUUGGAAUGCAGGAAUUUCAAACGAACUUUACAAGAUUUCCCCUCAUGAAUCAGGGAUUUUUCUCC